UCAGCGAUCUGGGGGUGUUGCACUGCCAUGGCCGCCAUGGAAUGUCACGAUUUGAGUAAGUCGCUCCUAGAGCAAUGCUUGAAGGACUACGAGGCCACCGGGCGUCCCGCCAUCCUCAGGGCCCUGGAAGCCAUCGCCUUUCCUGCGAGCAGCAGGAGCAACGUGCGACGGAGAGGCGAAGAUGGCGAAGUGCUGGGGAUGUGUUUGGGGAUGACUGAGUGCUGGAUCCGAGGUCCGAUGCCCUCGCGGCAAACCCGGGAACGGCCCAAUUUGUGUCGUCUCCUCUGCAGCUUUGCACAGAAGGAACUGCCCGGAUUCCACUUCACUUCGAUUCAGGUGAACAAGGACUACGCGGCCGAGCUCCACGUUGACAAGAAGGAUGCAGGUGACUCGCGCAUCAUCGGCCUUGGGCCUUAUCGAGGUGGACAGCUCUGGGUGGAUGAUGGCAGCCAUGGAGGCAAGGGACGCGUGGCGAACGUGAAGGGCCGGUGGCUGGGUUUUGAUGGCAACUUGCCCCACAAGGUGCUUCCCUUCACGGGAAGACGCUACACCUUGGUCUUCUUCUCGAAGCUCCGUGGUUGGAAUGUGGGCUUGGACCCUUGCUCCAAGCACGGCAAGAUGCUUCGGGACCUCGGCUUUCCGCUACCAAUGAGGGAACCGACGGUGAAGAAUCUGAUGCACAGCUCAGAGCUGCUGCUGAGGGCCAAAAAGAGGUACGAAGCUUUUGCGGCUCGGAGUCUGCAGCGAGGGGCUGGAAGGACCUUGAGGCUUCACCUGGAGGCACCUGGGGCUGCGUUUGCGGCGCACGUGUCGAGUGCCUCGCCCAUGGCGGCGUUGAAGGCUGCCUUUGGGGAAGUGACCAAGGCGACCAGGGCGACCAAGGUGACCAAGGAGGAGGAAGUGGGGGAAGAAAUUGAGGUCAAGAUGGCAUCACUUCCACUGCUUCCUACUGAUAGCUUUGGGCGCCUGGGAGUAUCGCAGAGGGCUUUUUGUACGGUGGACUCUGCUGCCAAGCGGCAGCGAACCAUGGGUCCCUCCCUGACUUGCUAAAGUGCUGGGGCUACCCUGAAGCGAGUGACAUUUGAAUCGAUGAAGAGACUCGGAGGUGAUGAAAA